UAUCUACGCACCAGCCUCACUACCAUUAUGUCCCCAAUCCCCAGCUACUCCCGCCCCGGCCGCGGCCAACACUUCCAAGACGCCUACGGCUUCGCCGAAGCCUGCAUAGCCGGAGACCGAAUGGAAAUAGCCGGCCAGACCGGCAUGUCCCCCACAUCAACCGAAGUCCCACCCACCCUCGAAGAAGAAGUCGCGCAAGCAUUCAACAACAUCAACGAAGUCAUCCUCUACACAUUAGAAAAAGCCAAGCCCGAUCUGCGCGCUAGCGUCAAGAGCGGCUGGGACCGCGUCGUGAAGAUCCGCACGUACCAUGUCCAGUUGCCCCAGACCCGAGAGAAGAUUAUCGGCCUGAUGGUGGAGAAUGUUAAAAAGUGGUGUCCCGAUCAUCAGCCUACUUGGACUAUGUUGGGGAUUGAGGCCUUGCCGUUUGAAGGGCAGAAUUUGGAGAUUGAGGUGGAUGUUUUCUUGGGGUGAAAUGCUUACUAUUGAAGUAUACGGCUUAUGUGGGAGAUAUAUGAAAAUGUAUAGCUUGUAAGAGAAGAUUAGUUUCCUACCCAUCUUCCCGUACGUCUGGUCAAUCACCACAUAGAAUCACUCCCUCACGUUAUUCAUUAUCCAUCACCCGAAGUUCUCGCAAACAUCCUAAAGCUAGUAUUGGAGGGGAUGUUUAAGCUGUUGUUGUUGUUGGUGCAGUGCUUGUGAGAGAAUAGUAGAGGCAUCUAUACCCACAUAGCUAACCGAGUUAGUCUGCCAUAAAUUAGCAUUAGUAGCUCCUAGGCUUAUCAGCUCCUACGCCCAU